AUGUUUUACGUAAUUGCUUUCGCGGUAAUUGGGGCCUUGUCCUUGUCAUGGUUUAUUAUCGAUGCUUUAUGGAGUCCUUUACAGUUAAUAUUGUCGUAUCUGACGCCCUAUUUUCUGCCAAUGGAAGAACAGUCCCUUAAGCAAAAAUACGGAUCUUGGGCGGCUAUCACAGGCAGCACGGAUGGAAUCGGCAAGGAAUAUGCCAUGGAACUGGCACAACGAGGCUUAAACAUUGUCCUCAUCAGUCGAAAUGAGGAGAAGCUGAACAACGUAGCCCGGGAGAUAGAAAAGCAGUACAGCGUGAAAACAAAGACUAUUGUGGCCGACUUCAGCGCCGGUAUCGAAGUGUACCGACAUAUCGAGGAGCAGCUCAAAGAUAUUCCUCUUGGAGUUUUAGUGAACAACGUGGGGGUCCAAUAUGAAUAUCCGGCGUGGCUGUGGGAAGUGCCGCAGACGAAAUUAUGGGAGAUCAUCAAUGUGAAUGUGGGAGCGGUGACGUCGAUGACGCGGAUUGUGUUGCCGGGCAUGAUGGAGCGCGGCCGCGGAGCUAUAGUCAACGUCUCUUCGGGUUCCGAGUUGCAGCCGCUACCGCUCAUGACGGUCUACGCCGCGUCCAAGGCGUACGUGCGCAGCCUGACGCUGGCGGUGCGCGAGGAGGCGGCAGCGCGCGGCGUGCACGUGCAGCACGUGGCGCCGCUGUUCCUGGCCACCAAGAUGAACGCGUUCUCGCCGAGCCUGCUGCGCGCCGGCGCGCUCGUGCCCGACGCACGCACCUACGCGCGCCACGCCGUCGCCACGCUGGGCCGCGUGCACCACACCACCGGCUACUGGCUGCACGGCCUACAGUAUUUCUCUAUGAAGUUAGCCCCUGAAUGGAUAAGGAUCAAAAUAGGCAUGCACAUAAACAAAUACUUCAGGAAUGAGUACUUGCAGAAUAGCAGGGUGGAGGCACGCUGA